AACCAUUUGAGAUUUGUGUAGAACCCUGUAAGACCACGCGACAGUACUUCAACUGGUCUCGUUGAUUUCAGUUCUGCUGUCCAAUGUUAGUUUUAAUUUUUUUUUUCGGUAUUUGACUAAAGCUCUAAUGUUACAGUAGUGAAAAAUUUUAAAGUAAAUAAAUACAUUUUUGACUUUUAAAAUGUUUUCAAAAUCACUUCAAUUAAUAUUGUGUUUAACUAUAAUUUUUAACGAAUGUGGAGCUCUAACAAUAUCAAGAAAUGCAGAAUUUCCACCUUUAUUUCAAUCAACAUGGGGGUACUUGGAAGAAACUUUAGAAUGGGAAGCAAAGGAACCCAUAAAUAUAGAAAAAGUUUUUUCGGAAUAUGACUUUAUCGUAAUUGGUGCUGGAAGUGCUGGAGCAGUAGUAGCUAGUAGACUGUCCGAAAUUAGAAAAUGGAAGGUGUUAUUAAUCGAAGCUGGAAAAAAAGCAAUACAUUUUAUGGAUGUACCCAUAACAUCUCAAUUGUUACAAGCCUCAGAAUACAACUGGAAGUAUAGGACUAUACCAAUGAAUACAUCUUGCUUAAGUUUCGAAGAACAACGUUGUAAAUUUCCCAGAGGAAAAGUAAUGGGCGGUAGUAGUGUAUUGAAUUACAUGAUAUAUACACGUGGUAAUAAAGGGGAUUACGAUAAUUGGGCAAAAAUGGGCAAUGCAGGAUGGAGCAAUGAUGACGUAAUGAAAUAUUUUCUUAAAUCAGAAAACGCUAACCUAUCUACCUCUGAUGUGAACUAUCAUAGGUAUAAUGGAUUGUUGUCAGUGACAGACGUACCGUUUAGGACACCCAUAGCAAAAGCUUUUGUGGAUGCUGGAUCACAGAUAGGACUGCCCGUCGUCGAUUUGAAUGGGGAAAACCAAAUCGGGAUUAAUUAUAUACAGGCUACCAUGAAGAAAGGCCGUCGUUAUAGUACAAAUACAGCUUUUUUGUUUCCAGCAAGAAUGAGAUCGAACUUACACGUGAAAAAGGAAAGUACAGUAACACGAAUAAUGAUAGAAAAGGAUACAAAAAAGACAAUAGGAGUGGAAUUUGUAUCGAAUCGUAAAAAAUAUAGAGUGUAUGCACGCAAAGAAGUAAUUGUUUCUGGCGGAACUAUAAACUCACCACAGUUACUCAUGUUAUCGGGGAUCGGACCGAAAGAACAUCUGAAAGACAUAAAAAUCCCGUUGAUAAAAGACUUGCCGGUUGGUGAAAAUUUGAUGGAUCACGUGGCACUGGGAGGUUUGAGCGUUUUGGUAAACGAUACCAUCUCGUUAAAAACCGAACGGUUAUUGAAAGAUCCGUUUAAUAUGUACGACUAUACGGCGCAUAACAACGGUCCGUAUACAAUACCGGGCGGUGCGGAAGCCUUAGCGUUUUUCGAUUUAGACCGACCGGGAUUCGCAGACGGACACCCGAACUUGGAACUGCUAUUAAUUUCGGGCCUGUUUUCGGACAAUGAUUACACACAUAGGCUGUUCGGUUUGAAAUCCGAAAUCUACGAUAAAGUGUACAGGAAAACCGAAAACAUGGACGGCUUUACGGUGUUUCCGAUGAUUAUGCGACCGAAGAGUAAGGGCCGCUUGUGGCUAAAAGACGCGAACCCAGCCCACUAUCCACUGAUCGAUCCAAAUUACUUUGCGGACGAAACGGACUUGGACGUGGCCGUAGCCGGGGUGCGGAUUUUCCAACAGAUGUUGAAAACCAACGCAAUGAAGAAGCUCAACGUCACGUUGUUCGACACCCCGUUGCCCGGUUGCGCCCGGCACAAGUUCGAUUCCGACGCGUACUGGAAAUGCUCGGCGAGACAAAUAAGUUUCACCAUCUAUCACUUGUCGGGCACGUGCAAAAUGGGACCGGUGGGCGACCCCACGGCCGUGGUGGAUCCCAGAUUGCGCGUACACGGCGUAAAAGGCCUGAGAGUCAUCGACGCGUCGAUAAUGCCAGAAGUUCCGGCAGCGCACAUCAACGCUCCGACGAUUAUGAUCGGCGAAAAGGGCGCAGAUAUGAUUAAAGAAGACUGGGGUAUUAGAAUAUAGUACAGAUUAUAUCAUAGAUUAAUUAGUCAAAUUUGUUGUACAUACUUCAUUAUCAUUUAAACAAUUAAUGUGUUCACUGUUCAAUCGUCCUCGACUAGUGUAUACAUACCUAUUUUGUAAUUUUAUGCGACUACUAUAGAUACCUGUCUUUUCCUAAGAGAAACAACUUUUAAUAAUAAUCGUAAUACCCGGUAUCCGGGUGGCUGAUUUAACUGAUAUUCGCUAUAUAGUACCUACAUACUUGUAUUAUAUACUCGUACAACGAAAUACCUACAACAAACAAGCAGACCAAUGUUUUAUUAUUUAUUACACAGAAUACGGCUUGAGUGCCUUGAUCGGUUAUAGUAUAUGAUCGUGAUGUAUCAAGGCUCACAGCAUUCAACAAACCCGUUUUAAUUUAAAUCGAUCCGUAUUUAAUAUAAUUAUAUUCAGAUCAGUAGAAUUGUAGAUACAUGCGAUUUUAAAACAAAGUCUUUCUAUAUUUAGACAUAUCUCAAAAUUAACGAAAAAUUAUUCACAAAAACGUAAAUAACAAUAGGUAAUUAUAGUCUUUGUUUUUAAAGUAAAGUUUUUGUACGUCAAUUACCUAAUAGGUAAUAUUCUCAUAUUAUCUUCAAAUGUGCAUUUGUACUAUAUCUAAUACCUAGGACUAGUCUACUAUAAAAUUAAUCCCUAGAAGUAGCUUAAGUGUCAAUGCUCUGCAGAAAUUAAUGGAGUAAAAAUCGUGGGGUUCUUAUCUUCAUAUUAGUGUUAAAAUUAUAUGUAAUAAAAUUACCAAAUCCAAUUAAAACAUUAUAAAAUUUUCAAUUUCGAAAAACUCGUGUCUAAUAAAAAUCAAUGCUUUUGUGGCACAAGUUUUUAAUACUGUCUAUAUAGAGUUAAAAUGUUGCACAGAUAUUUUUUCUGAGUAUUUAAACCGAUUUAAAGUGUGUAACUGAACAUUUCAAAACUAAAUACUAAAUACCAAUAUCAAUCAUUAUUUACUAAAAAUUGGUCAACUGAAACUACAUCUUAUUAAAAAAAAAAAUUAAUUAAGAAGAUUUUUCUAAAUUAAAGCUAAAAACGCACAAACAUUGACAUUAUAUAAUUCAAUCAUUGUAUCAUAAUUGACAAACUAUGACCAUGCCGACCACGGAAUUGAGAACAAUUUUUCAGCAAAUAAAUUAAUUAUUAUUAUACAUAUAUAUUGUAUGUAACUAUAAUUUAAACAAUUGCAUUGUUAUUUUUUGUAGACCUAUAUUAAUAAAUUGAUAUCUGUCGAC